AUGUUUUCAGCGAACGUCCGUCAGUUUCCUCUGUCGUCUAUCUUCACGCCCUUGAACAUAAGUGUGGGGCAAGCAUCAGAGCAACUAGUUUAUCAAAGAAUUGCAUCUGCCUGUGUUCUGCCUAAAUCUAAUCUGUUAGUGGUCUUGACAUUCAAGUUUAAUUCGUUUAAGGAGAAUCAAAGAAGGGUUCUUGACCAAUUAUUAUACGUCUGCACGCAUGACUAUGUGCCGCAGACGUGUAUAAGGAUGCUACCUAGACCGGAGUUAAAGAAGUAUCAACAGCAUUGCUCCGAAUCUCUUAUUAGUAUGGUGAGCUCCCCCGAUGAGCGGUACUUGGUUGUAUACACUUCCAACUUGAUCUUGUUCUAUGAACUGACCAUCAUUCAAUCACGAGAUCCCUCCUCACACCCUCGCACCUGCAAAUUUCUCGCCCACAUGUCACAUGAGGAGUGCACAACCGUGUCAGGAGAUAAGCUCUUUGUGGAUAUGUUUGAUAAUAUUGUCUGGUCUGCAAUAAGACCGUGUGUCUUUGUACUCGCCUUCAACAAGCGUGAGCAUAUAGUCUUCACAGUGACGCUUAAGGAGGAUCAAUCUGCCAAGGACGCCUACUCAGUGCUUGUUCACGAUGAUGUUCAUAAACUAGCGUCAGGCUUGUCAGCAUUAUCCAUAGCAAACAUAACAUCCACCGAUUUAGACUCCUGUGUGUGUUGCAUUAGUAGCGUCAAUCCGUUGGAGAGCAAGGAUGGACUUAUAAAUAAAAUCCAAAGUUUAUUACUUAUCAGAGCAUCACGCCCUACAACCCCUCAGAAGGAGAAGCUCAUCGUGUGUGGCGAAGUGAUGUAUGAAGAUGGAGACAGGAGAACUCCCCAUUUUGCAACCAAUUUUAUAAAGUGCUUUGAGGUCGAUAACGGUGAUACUGCGCUUACUGAGCUCUAUUUCUCCAGAUUGCAAUAUAGAAAUAGCAUUUUUGAACCUGUGCAAUCUGUAUUUCGCUUUCCAACAAUGCAUUUGUCCAUCUCCCCACGAUCUGUGGUCUUUCCAUUUGGGAUAUACUCCAUAGAUAAGCAGAUAGCUAAGCAGUCCGAUACAUUGAGAUGUUUUAAGAAGAACCUUCCUGUCUGCAGACUUGUAGCACGCAGUUGUUUCAAUGCAUACUCCGACACAUCAAAGCUCUCGGAGAUACCGCUAACAAUCUACACCGGAUACCCCAUUGUGGCCACAGCCAUUUCUUGCGUGUCAUUCAUGCUACCAUCUGAUAAUAAGCUUCAUCACAAAUUUGUAUCGGAUAGUGGGGUUGAUCUGGAAGCAUUUCUUGCGUUGCCAACAGUUGAGCUCGUGGCCUGCGCAGAUACCCGGGGAUACGUUCACAUAUACCUAGUGCCACUGCAUCACCAUCGUAUCUUCUCCGCUAAACUGCCGCUUCUCGCCGAAAAGAUGACAUGGACAUCAACCUUGGGCAACACGAGUGAUCGUGCACGUUCUGUGUUUACGCUCUAUGUCAUUGGAGUCGCAGAUAUAGCAGGUCAGGAGACUUUUUCUGAGGAAGGCAAAGAGAGUGCCACACACACUACUCGCAUUCUUAAAAACGUUCGUACAAUCUAUUCUAUAGAACUCCCAAUAGUGGACAUAAUACGGAUCCUUAGCGUAAAAAAAGCUACAGCAACAAUUCAGCACUCGGUAUAUGAGAUGUCUGAUGACUCAUCACAGCAUGGGGUGAGUAUGUAUACAAAUAAAACCACUGGCUUUGAUAUGGCGCAACACUCACCCGAGCUAGAUCCCGACAAAGCGAUGCUUUCAGAAUGCGUUGCUAGCGAUCAAGAUGAGAGUGAGCAUGUCCCAAGUUUGCAUCUCCCAAGGACUGCAUAUGUCAAGGUUUCUGUUAAAGAUGAAUAUAGUUUCUAUGAAUUUCCAUCAGCAGAAGAGCCCUUAUCGGAAGACAUUAGAAUUGGGGCUUCAAAUCAUACAGAUAGAGAUCAGUUAUGGGCUUUGUUACCAGAGGAAGAGGAGAUAGCUGAGUUUUUUGGAGACCGCUCAAAUGAACUAUUAGAACAAACAACUAAUCUAUUAGCACGAUCAGGUGAUCCACAAAAUGGGCAGGCAGAUUUUAAAUCUACCGCCAACCCUCACAUAGCAGUUGCUGAUACCACUAUCAAAGAUCUCAACGCACUACCUGUUUUACCUACCGCACAUCCCGCUCCUAACGCCUUCGUUAAAGCAAGCCCAGACUUAUUGACAUAUCCUGAAGAGACUGGACUGCUGAACAGACUUGUACUGCCACAAGAAGAGUUUACUGUCACGAGGCUUGUUCCUUCAGACUAUUUUUCUCCAUCCCUUAUAUCUUCAAAUACUUGCCCAUCUACUGCUAAUCUUUUGUUAGACGGGUCUCCAAUGGACUAUUUGAUUCUCUCAAAGGACGUUUUUAUGCUCGUUUUAUCUAACGGAACGGCUCAUCUUAUUUGCUAUUCUACAGCAUCAACACUCUCAAUUAUUAGCACACAUUCACGCCUAUUCAAUCCGCAUCUUCUAGUGCCGAUCGCAUGUGGGGAAAGCAAUAUGAUCCUAUCAGUGAGAGCCAAAAAAGACAGCGGACGCGAGUUCGCCAUAAAGGAGACUGAUUCCGUUUCAAGCAGUGAUUGCAACUCAUUCAUUUUACUGAAAAAUAGAGUCACGUUUGAGCAUCACAUUCUGCUUUUUAGAGUGGUUGACACCAAGAUUGUUAUAACACUGCAAUCUACCUUAGACCUACAAUACUCCCCAGAGUAUGUCUAUCUUUCUGAUAGCAGCGUACAACUAGCCCUUUCCAACGGGUCUCUUUUUAUUCUGCACAUCCAAAGCUUUCUAGCCAGCGGCACCGCAGCAUCUGCACAGCAUAUGCUCCACUUCACAGAUGUUAGUGGACUGGUGGCCCCCAUCUUCAGCAUCUUGCAAACAGAGUCUGUUCUGCUGUCAAAGGUUCUCAUCCAAUACGUGUUAGGGAGAGUAAUCGCACAAGGAAACAUCUUAAUGUCUCAACUGGCACCAGCUCCUGUGACUACCCUCAUAGAUUUAUCCCUGCACCACGCAGUCCUCCGCUCAUUACUGCAUAAAGCCCUUGAUUACGGGAUCUUUGAGUUUAAGACUACUAGGGAUAAUAGGUUGAUAAAGCGUCUCGUAUUCGACCUCAGAGAGGCAUACAAGGAAGCAUUUAUUGAUGUAUUCGUAGAUAUAUCUAACAAUAAUGCAGAUCUUGCCAAAGAGCUGAAAAAAAUCCUGUAUAAAAGUUAG